CGGCCCCGGCCCCGGCCCCCCGCCUGGCCCGGCGAUGAAGUGUCACUACGAGGCGCUGGGGGUGCGGCGCGACGCCAGCGAGGAGGAGCUCAAGAAGGCCUAUCGGAAGCUGGCCCUGAAAUGGCACCCGGAUAAAAACCUGGAUAAUGCCGCAGAAGCAGCUGAACAAUUCAAAUUAAUCCAAGCAGCAUAUGAUGUGUUGAGUGACCCUCAGGAAAGAGCAUGGUAUGAUAAUCACAGAGAGGCCCUACUUAAAGGUGGGCUUGAUGGAGAAUAUCAAGACGACAGCUUAGAUUUGCUUCACUAUUUCACUGUUACCUGUUAUUCUGGUUAUGGAGAUGAUGAAAAGGGCUUUUACGCAGUGUAUCGCAAUGUUUUUGAAAUGAUUGCAAAGGAAGAAAUGGAAUCGGUGUUAGAGGAGGAUGCUGAGGAUUUCCCGACUUUUGGAGACUCCCAGAGUGACUAUGAUACGGUAGUCCAUCCUUUCUACGCUUACUGGCAGAGUUUCUGCACGCAAAAGAAUUUUGCUUGGAAAGAGGAAUAUGAUACGCGACAAGCUUCAAACCGCUGGGAAAAACGAGCUAUGGAAAAAGAAAACAAAAAGAUCCGGGACAAAGCAAGGAAAGAGAAGAAUGAACUUGUCCGGCAGCUGGUAGCUUUCAUUCGCAAAAGAGAUAAAAGAGUACAGGCACAUCGAAAACUUGUGGAGGAGCAGAACGCAGAGAAGGCCAGGAAGGCUGAGCAGAUGAGGCGGCAGCAGAAGCUCAAGCAGGCGAAACUGGCAGAGCAGUACAGGGAGCAGAGCUGGAUGACCAUGGCCAAUUUGGAGAAGGAGCUCCAGGAGAUGGAGGCACGGUAUGAGAAGGAGUUUGGAGACGGAUCAGAUGAAAAUGAAGUGGAGGAGCGUGAACCAAAGGACGGACAAGAUGGCAGAGAGAGUGAGGAGGCCGAGGACGCGGAGCUUUAUGACGACCUCUACUGCCCGGCCUGUGACAAGUCCUUCAAGACAGAAAAGGCCAUGAAGAAUCACGAGAAGUCGAAGAAGCACCGAGAGAUGGUUGCCUUGUUAAAACAGCAGCUGGAAGAGGAGGAAGAGAAUUUUUCAGGACUUCAAACAGAUGAAAAUCUAUUGAAUGCCGAUUCUGAGGAAGAAAUGGAAGAUGCACCAAAAGAAAAGCUUUCUAAAAAACAGAAGAAAAAGAAACAGAAACCAGCACAGAAUUAUGAUGACAAUUUCAAUGAAAAUGGAACUGGAGAAGUAGUAACAAUUGAUCCAGAAGAUGGUAACUUAAAUCAAGACAGUGCCAAAGAAUUGGGAGAUAGCCCGCAAGAAAAUGUCAGUGUUGUGGAGACUAUCAAACCAUGUGAUGAUCCAAAAAAUGAACCUAAAAAUGUUCCUAAACCCAAAGGGAAGAAAACCAAAGACACGAAAAAAUCUGUCAGAGUACCUGCUGAGCCCCCGACUGUGAGUGAUGUUGUUAUUAGCUGUACAACCUGCCACAGUGAAUUUCCAUCCCGAAAUAAACUCUUUGACCAUCUGAAGGCCACAGGUCAUGCAAGAGCACCUUCAUCAUCAUCAUCUUUAAACAGUGUAACGAGCAGUCGAAGCAAGAAAGAGAAACGUAAAAACAGAUAGAAAGUCUGGCAACACCUUUUUUCUUUUUGGCUGUCUCUAGAUUUUUGAAACCAAAAACUGAACUGAAAUCAUCUAAAGAGUUAAAAUCUCAGUGAUCUGCAAUAUAUUGCAUUGUGGAAGAUUAUUUUUUAUCUUGUAAAAAACAUUUUUUGUUUAAUAUAUAUUUUUUAAACAUUUCACUAGUGAUUGAAUUAUACUUUUGCCAUCUGGAUUGACUUGAAUGUCUCAAGACAGGUAAAUAUUGUAAAGUGUGUAUUGAUUUCUGUUGGUUUGUGUGAACAGAAAUGUACAGGGAGAAUUAAAUUAUUUUAACACAUAAAAAUGCCCCUUUCUGCUGUAU